AGCAGUACCUCUUUUGGGAUACCUACCUCAGGACUUAAUAGGAACACCAGUCUUGGUGCAUCUUCACCCAAAUGACAGACCUUUAAUGCUAGCAAUUCACAAAAAAAUACUUCAGUAUGGAGGACAGCCUUUUGACUAUUCACCAAUCAGGUUUUGCACCAGAAAUGGAGAUUAUAUAACCAUGGACACUAGCUGGUCCAGUUUCAUUAACCCUUGGAGUCGAAAAGUUUCCUUUAUUAUUGGAAGACACAAAGUUAGGACGGGUCCCUUAAAUGAAGAUGUCUUUGCCGCUCCCAACUAUACAGAGGAUAGAAUCCUUCAUCCCAGUGUUCAGGAAAUCACUGAGCAAAUAUAUCGGCUAUUAUUGCAGCCCGUACACAACAGUGGAUCCAGUGGCUAUGGAAGUCUAGGUAGCAAUGGCUCUCAUGAGCACUUAAUGAGCGUGGCAUCCUCCAGCGACAGCACAGGAAAUAACAAUGAAGACACUCAUAAGGAUAAACCAGUUUGUCAAGAUGCCCGUAAGGUCAAAAAUAAAGGACAGCAUAUUUUCACUGACAAUAAAGCAAAACUGGGAUGUAAGAGAGAGCCUCUUGGAGAAAAACAAAAUGGUCCUGGUGGUCAGGUGAAAGAUGCAGUGGGAAAGGACACUGCAGUAACAGCUGUUCCUAAAAAUGUGACUACUGAAGAGUUGGCUUGGAAAGAACAGCCUGUGUAUUCUUAUCAACAGAUUAGCUGUUUGGACAGUGUCAUCAGGUACUUGGAGAGUUGUAACGUGCCUGGUACAGCAAAAAGAAAAUGUGAACCUUCAUCGAGUGUUGCAUCACUGAAUUCUGGAGUUCAUGAACAAAAACCAGCUGAUAACGCUAUACAGCCCUUGGGAGAUCCUGCUGUGUUGAAGGCAUCUGGUAAAUCAAAUGGUCCCCCGGUGGUUGGUGCUCACUUAACAUCUUUGGCUUUACCUGGCAAGCCUGAAAGCGUUGUCUCUCUCACAAGUCAGUGCAGCUACAGUAGCACCAUUGUUCAUGUUGGAGACAAAAAAACACAACCUGAACUAGAAAUGAUAGAAGAUGGUCCAAGUGGAGCAGAACUCCUAGAUGGCCAACUUCUUGCCCCUCCAUCCAGCUCUGCGCAUGUAAAUCAAGAAAAGGAGCCAUUUAAAAAACUGGGUCUUACAAAGGAAGUCCUUGCAGUGCAUACACAAAAAGAGGAACAGAGCUUUUUGAAUAAGUUUAAAGAAAUCAAGAGAUUUAAUAUUUUUCAGUCCCACUGCAAUUACUAUUUACAAGAUAAACCAAAAGGACGGCCUGGUGAACGUGGUGGCCGUGGACAAAGAAAUGGCACUUCUGGAAUGGAUCAGCCUUGGAAGAAAAGUGGAAAGAACAGGAAAUCAAAGUGCAUUAAACCACAGGAGUCUUCAGACAGUACAACUUCUGGAACUAAAUUCCCCCAUCGGUUCCCUCUUCAAGGUUUAAAUGCUACUGCUUGGUCACCAUCAGAGACUUCACAAGCAAGCUAUUCAGCGAUGUCUUUUCCCACUGUUAUGCCUGCAUAUCCACUUCCUGUUUUUCCAGCAGGAGGGACUGUGCCACCAGCUCCUGAGACUUCACUCUCUGGUUUUAAUCAGUUGCCAGACUCUGGAAAUACUUGCCCUAUGCAACCAUCCCAGUUCUCUGCACCCCUCAUGACACCUGUCGUAGCUCUUGUGCUCCCCAACUAUGUCUACCCAGAGAUGAACAAUAACUUGCCUCAAACGCUUUACCACAGCCAACCCAACUUUCCUGCCCAUUCCACUUUCUCUUCACAGACAGUAUUUCCGUCACAGCCACCAUUCGCUACACCCAGCCCUUUCCCACAACAGGCGUUUUUUCCAACGCAGCCAUUCCAUUAUAAUCCACCAGCAGAGAGUGAAAAGGUUGCUGUCACAGAGCCACGAAAUGAGCCAUCCCGUUCCUGCACUCCACAGUCAGUGGGUCCUCAAGACCAGGCUUCACCACCUCUGUUCCAGUCAAGGUGCAGUUCUCCUUUGAAUCUUCUGCAGUUAGAAGAAACCUCAAAAACUGCUGAAAGUGGAGCUCCUGCGGGUUUACACGGAGCUUUAAGUGAGGAAGGAGCCAUAGGCAAAAUCAUGACAACUGAUAACUGUAGCGGAAAGGGAUCCUUGCCAGCUGAAUCUCCAAUGGAUGCUCAAAAUAGCGAUGCACUCUCCAUGUCUAGUGUCCUGCUUGACAUUUUACUUCAAGAAGAUGCGUGUUCAGGCACUGGCUCAGCUUCUUCAGGGAGUGGUGUAUCUGCAGCUGCUGAGUCUCUGGGGUCUGGAUCCAAUGGCUGUGGCAUGUCAGGGAGCAGAACAGGUAGUAGUGAAACUAGUCAUACCAGCAAAUACUUUGGGAGUAUUGAUUCCUCAGAAAAUCAUCAUAAAACCAAAAUGAAGGCAGAAAUGGAAGAAAGUGAGCACUUCAUUAAAUAUGUCCUUCAGGAUCCUAUAUGGCUUUUAAUGGCAAACACAGAUGACACUGUUAUGAUGACUUACCAGAUACCUUCACGAGAUUUGGAAACAGUUUUAAAAGAAGAUAAGCAGAAGUUAAAGCAAAUGCAGAAACUACAGCCAAAAUUUACAGAAGAACAAAAAAGAGAGCUUAUUGAAGUUCAUCCAUGGAUCCAGCAAGGUGGACUGCCAAAAACUGUUGCUAAUUCUGAAUGUAUUUUUUGUGAGGACAAUAUACAAAGCAAUUUUUAUACGUCAUACGAUGAAGAAAUCCAUGAAAUGGACCUUAAUGAGAUGAUUGAAGACAGUGGGGAAAACAACUUGGUUUCCCUGAGUCAAGUCAGUGAAGAACAAACAUAGCCUUUGAGCCUGUUGUUUUCAAAGCUGCUCCAAAACUACAGUAAUGAUCCAUAAAGGUUUUAAUCUUGUAUCCAGCAAGAUGAAUCCAGUUCAUAAAAACAAAUGUUUUUUCUUGCUCUAGAAGAGUAAUUUGUGAAUGAAUCUCUUUUUAAAUGGUGGCAAUCUCUUCCCAGUAAGGACAUUGUUGAAGAUGGUAUAGCUUUUCUUUAAAAAAAGAAAGACUCAUAUUUUGCACUUACAUGCCUCAAGUAUUUCUUUAUAAAUGAUAGAAACUUUCAUUGAUGCCUACUGUUUUUUGUAGAGUGGGUUAAUGAGUACUGAAAAUCCCCUGACGUACAUACGGUUCUUCAAAUCUCCUUUUGGUAACGAUUCAGCAUUAUAAAUUGUUCUAGCAAUUUUGCUUAGCGGCUCUUUAGCAUUGUUCUUAAUAUUUGAAGUGGUCCAGCAUAGUAGAAUAAAUAACC